CUUGUUCAUAGUUUCAAGUCUCUUCCCUCCUCGCCUCCUGCUCCCUUUUACUACCCCCCAACACACACUUUAACACACUCCCACACUACCCUUCCCCUUGGCAACCUCCGCACGGCCUUGACAGCUGAACAAUGCUUGCAACGUCCCCCAUCCCCGGCUGCAACUGACCCUGACCCAGACCCUCCCCCUUCCUUCUUCCCCCAUGCCAGACCUCUCCACUUCUCCCGGUCGGGAUCCCGACUCCGACCCAAGGGAGGCUAGCAACAAUGAUGACAACAAUGAGAACAAUAGCCACAUCCUGUCCCAGCAUCUUCACCCUCAGUUCACAGCUUCAUUACAAGAUGAACUGGCCCCACCUUCCGGAGACGCCCCAGCAGAGCAAAGCAGCGGAGACGCUCCGUCCGAACCCCAGUCCUCGUUGAAGCUGCAAGGCGGCGACAUCCAUCGGGAUCUGUACCGCAUCGAUGCCAAAUCGAAACAGGCUCGCCUGGACAAACGGGCGGCCACCUUCUCCUUCCUUCCGAGACAUACGGAUGAUGUCGUAGAAGAAGGCGUUGCCUCCCUGGAGCCAGGGAGCUUUCGCCGCCAUUUCAUCCAGAACAAGUACGGUCGCCUCGAUCAACCCGGCGUAACCUCUUCCUUUCUCGACUUCCUCGACAUCUAUGGCAACUUUGCGGGCGAGGAUCUGGCCGAUACCGAGGAGGAGUCUGCCAUCGUCGAGGAAGAGGACGAGACACAGGUUUCCGAGCGGACGGCCCUCUUGCGGCGACGGAAGAGCUCGCGAGCCAGUCGCCCCGGCGAUGCCUCCAAUGUCAAGACUUUCUUUACUCUGCUCAAGGCCUUUGUCGGGACCGGAAUCAUUUUCUUGCCCAAGGCCUUCCGCAACGGCGGUAUCCUCUUCUCUUCCAUCACGCUCGUAACGGUCGCCUUGAUCAGCACGUUGUGUUUCCAUCUGCUGCUCGAGUGUCGGAGACAAUACGGCGGUGGCUAUGGCGACAUCGGCGAGCGGAUUGGUGGUCCCCGACUUCGGACCCUGAUCCUCGCAUCCAUCGUAAUCUCGCAACUGGGCUUUGUGUGUGCCUGCAUCAUUUUCACGGCAGAAAACAUCCACGCCUUCGUGGAGGCGGUAACGAAAGACCAGACUACCGCCAUAUCGAUCGGUGCAUUGAUCGCCUUGCAACUGCUGGUACUCAUUCCGUUGUCCUUGAUCCGAAAUAUCUCCAAGCUGGGUCCGAUUGCGUUGCUUGCGGAUGUGUUCAUCCUGGUGGGGUUGGCAUAUAUCUACUGCUAUGACAUUGCCAGUCUCGCAUCUCGUGGGCUGGCGUCAACGGUCGAACUGUUCAACCGCCAGUCGUUCACCCUGACCAUCGGCUCGUGCAUCUUCACGUUCGAAGGAAUUGGGCUGAUCCUGCCGAUCCAGUCGUCCAUGAAACGGCCAGAGCACUUUGACAAACUGCUAUAUACCGUCAUGGCCAUUAUCACCAUUCUUUUCACGGCGGUGGGGGCUCUGUCAUAUGCCACCUUUGGCGACGAGACCAAAACCGAGAUCAUCAGUAACCUGCCGCGCACGGACCGCUUCGUCAACGCUCUUCAGUUCUUUUACUCGCUCGCCAUCUUGGUGAGCACACCCAUCCAACUCUUCCCCGCCGUUCGCAUUCUGGAGGGCAAGCUAUUCGGUCAGGGAUCGGGCAAGCGCGAUCCGAUGAUCAAGUGGAAGAAGAACGUGUUCCGGACAGUGGCUGUUGUGGGUUGUGGACUGAUUGCGGCCUUGGGGGCCGGGGAUCUCGACAAGUUCGUGUCCUUGAUCGGGUCCUUCGCCUGUGUACCGUUGGUCUAUAUCUACCCGGCGUACCUGCACUGGAAAGGCGUGGCCGAGUCCGCGUGGGUCAAACGGGGAGAUAUCGCGAUGAUGGUGCUGGGGGUAGUGUUCAUGGUGUAUACGACCAGCGCCACCGUAUCUGUCUGGCUAGAGGGAUCCUCUUAAAAAAGCGACCAUCGACAAGACAUGCGUAGUGUCCGGCGUCCCGGUUUUGCAUCUUCCAUUGGAGGCGUUUGGCGCUCCUGGCUCAGUUUGUCAGUCACUCACUCAUCACAAUUACUUGCCCGGCCUGCCCGCGACUAACCGCAGUGCGUCCAGGCCUUCUUUUUCCUUUUUGCUCAACCCACCCACCUACCCACCAGGGAGCUAACGGUGUGAAUGACAGCGGUAGAGAAAAUCCAACAUGCCAGUGCUCAGCAGAGUAGUUGCAGCG